UGUGUCUUUCGAGGCUGACGACUGCCGUAAAACCUCCGAAGAAGAAGAAAAACAUGACGCCAGUAGACGGCGAUUGCGUCAUCACGUAAAACGUGCAGCACAGAAGCAACAUGGCUCUGAAUGGAGAUGACGAGGACUUUGAGUGGGAGCCUCCAACAGAGGCAGAGAUGAAGGUGAUCCAGGCUCGCAGAGAGCGACAAGACAGAAUCAGUAAGCUGAUGGGAGGCUACCUGCUCCAGGGAUACAAGAUGCUGGGAGACUGCUGUGAUGUGUGUGGGACAAUUCUUCUUCUGGACAGACAGCAGAAGAUCUACUGUGUCUCAUGUCAGGAGCUGGACUCUGAUGUUGAUAAGGACAACCCAGCUCUGAAUGCACAGGCAGCAUUGUCUCAAGUGAGGGAAAGACAACUUGCAUCCCAGUCCCCCACACCGUCCCAGACUCCUGCCCUCAAUGGAGGCACCACCACCAGCAGCAGCAGCAGUCAGGCAAGUGUAACAGUCCCCAGACCGGAGCACUGCGAGGGGGCUGCUGCUGGAGGAAGAAACACCCUGCCUCCAGCGGCCGUUCCUGCUCCUGCACCUCCUGCCCCCGCCACAUCCCUGGCACCUGCUCGUCCUCCAGUUGUGGCACCGAUCGCUGCUGCCCAACCCGUGCUGCAAGAAGCGGAGGAAGCUGUUCUAACCAAACUCCGCUGGGCCACGAACCAGCUACAGAGUUCGGCCUCCCUGGAGGCGAGCAUUCAGCUCUGCACCCUCAUCGCCAGCUGUGCCAGCUCACUGCGCAGCCUCAAGGAACUCAGCCAGUAGCCCUCAUGGUGACGAUUGAAACCAUGAAUUAACAGGAACACUGUUUCAACUUGCCUCUGUCCUGGAGCACUGACUCUUGUUCGCUGCUUUGCGGCACUUCUCUUUGACUGAAUCCAUAAUUAGAGCUGAAUUCAAAUUGGUCAAGAAUUGCACUUGAACUAGGAUUAAAAUGUCAAACUUGCUCUCAUUGCUCUUCAGUUAACAGACUUUUACGGCUGGCAGAAAUAUGAUGUUAUAUGGUUUUGUAUGUUUAGGUUCCAAUGUGUCGACAUUUGACUGUUUAUUAUUCAUGCAUACGUAUAAGAACAGAACAUUACAAACGCUUCUUCAUCAUCUACAUUGAUUUAUGAUCAUCUGGCUGAUUAAACCUUUUAGAAUGAGACUAUUUAACAGUAAAAGACUGCUAACAUAGGUGAUUGCCUUCGUAUGAUUCAAAUCAUCUUCAAAUUUAAAUCUGGGAAUCAACAAAAUCUAUUUCUCUGUAGAAAUUAAAGCACUGUGUUUAAUUUGAAAACCACAAGAAACCCAGUCUACACAUGCCCUCUAAAUGUGUCUGCAUAACAUACAACAUACUACUAACUGCAAGUCGCUUGCCAAGACUGUGUGAUACUGAACCCACCCAUCAUCUGACCGAGUGAUAGAAAGACUCACUGUGUGCUUUCAGCUCUGAGGUUUGUGGUGAAUACAUAAUGGUUGUGCUGAUAAUCGACUUGAUUCAGUGACAAACAGAUUCUAGUGUUGGACUCGCUCUGCUUCACUCAGCAACCCAUCCUAAGCUAAUAAACCUGAUCCUCAUAUUAUGUUAAAGGGUGUUAGAGACGGUGGUUUUUAAGGCUGUUAGUUUGAGGAAAGCUUUGCCUGCAGUAUUUUUCUUUCCACUAGAGGGCACCAAAUGCAGAUGCCAUAAAGUAUGUUAACUGAGAAAUCGCUGUAUUUAAAAAAAGGACAUUUUUGAGGACCAAUAAAAAUGUAGUAAAUUGUG